AAGUACGCUGGUGAAUUUAAGCCAAACUCCUUGGAUCAUCAUCUCCUUCUUCAAUCAUCUUCUUCUCCACGAUUGACUUUGUUAUACAGAAGAUUACAAAUCCUUGAGGUUUUAUGCAUAUUUAAUUGCUAUUAACCCAUCCCCUUCAUUUUCCCUCCCUUAUUUUCCGACCAGAUAAACAAAACAAAAAUUGUUCUUUCUUAUUUUCCAUCAUCCCAGAUCUUAAUUGUUUUCAGACCAUUUCCAUUAUCUGAAUUUCGUCCUUUUCUGUUCUGGGUUCAUUUAAAUUUUCGAUUUUUCACAUCACCCUUGUGAAAAAGCUGGGAUUUUUUUUUCUUCUGCUUGUUCAUCUGUAUUCAUGAGUUUUAAACCAUUCCCUGAUCUGGGAGUGAUGAUCACGUUUCUCUGAUACUCGCUUGUCGUUGGAGAAGAGAGCACCAAGAUUAGAUUGUGAAGGAUUUGACUUUUCACUUGAUAGUCUCUCAAUGAGAUCAGAUCAGAGAGAUCAGUUUAUGCUCUUUUGAUCAGAUCGUGAUGUGGAAAGCUUGAAUGCGAUUUUUUUUCAUCUGGAGAACGUUGAUUUAGGAGUUUCAUAAUAAGUUAAAGGAGAUGGGUAAUGCUUGUGUAGGACCAAACCUUUCUGGAAAUGGUUUCUUGCAAACUGUUUCAGCUGCUUUGUGGCGGCCACGGAUCGGAGCUGAGCAAGCUUCUUCCCAUGGCAGCAAUGCAGGAGUUGCCAAAGACGCAGUACCUGAUCAAGUCCAGAAUAAACCCCCUGAGCAAGUCACUAUCCCUAAUCCUAGCUCCAUUCCCGAAGCUGAAACCAAACCCAAACCCGAACCUGAAGAAGCCAAGCAGGAAGUUGUUGUGCAGGUGGAGACAACAAAGCCUGAAUCCAAACCGGAGCCAACAAAACCAGAAACAAAGCCUGAAUCCAACCCGGAGCCAACAAAACCAGAAACAAAGCCUGAAUCCAACCCGGAGCCAAAAAAACCAGAAACAAAGAGUGAAACCAAUCCGGAGACGAAACCUGAUCCCAACAAGCCUAAACACAUGAGGAGAGUGUCCAGCGCAGGUCUCAGGACCGAGUCAGUGUUGCAGAGGAAGACUGAAAACUUCAAAGAGUUCUACUCACUGGGAAGGAAACUCGGACAAGGGCAGUUCGGGACAACCUUCUUAUGCCUCGAGAAAGGCACCGGGAACGAGUACGCUUGCAAGUCCAUUUCCAAGAGGAAGCUUCUGACGGACGAGGACGUCGAAGACGUGAGGAGAGAGAUUCAGAUCAUGCAUCACUUGGCUGGUCAUCCGAAUGUUAUAUCCAUCAAAGGAGCUUACGAGGAUGUUGUGGCGGUGCAUCUAGUGAUGGAGCUGUGUUCGGGUGGCGAGCUUUUCGAUAGGAUUAUUCAGCGUGGGCAUUACACUGAGAGGAAAGCAGCUGAGCUGGCGAGAACCAUUGUUGGGGUUUUGGAGACUUGUCACUCUCUUGGUGUUAUGCAUAGAGAUCUCAAGCCUGAGAAUUUUCUGUUUGUUAGUAGAGAGGAAGAUUCUCUAUUGAAAACGAUCGACUUUGGACUCUCAAUGUUCUUCAAGCCAGAUGAGGUUUUUACAGAUGUUGUUGGUAGUCCAUAUUAUGUAGCUCCGGAAGUUCUUAGAAAGCGUUAUGGUCCUGAAUCAGAUGUGUGGAGUGCUGGUGUGAUUAUUUACAUUUUGUUAAGUGGUGUUCCUCCUUUCUGGGCCGAAACCGAACAAGGGAUAUUCGAACAGGUCCUUCAUGGAGAUCUUGACUUCUCAUCUGAUCCCUGGCCAAGCAUCUCUGAAGGCGCAAAAGACUUGGUUCAGAAAAUGCUUGUAAGAGACCCCAAGCGAAGACUAACCGCACAUCAAGUAUUAUGUCAUCCAUGGGUUCAAAUUGAUGGUGUGGCUCCAGAUAAACCUCUGGACUCUGCUGUUUUGAGCCGUAUGAAGCAAUUUUCCGCCAUGAACAAGUUCAAGAAAAUGGCUCUUAGAGUUAUAGCCGAGAGCUUAUCUGAAGAAGAAAUAGCCGGUUUGAAAGAAAUGUUCAAAAUGAUUGACGCAGACAAUAGUGGUCAGAUAACUUUCGAAGAACUGAAAGCAGGACUGAAACGAGUUGGUGCCAAUCUCAAAGAGUCGGAGAUUCUUGACCUUAUGCAAGCUGCUGAUGUGGACAACAGUGGAACGAUAGACUACAAAGAGUUCAUAGCUGCAACAUUGCAUCUAAACAAAAUAGAGAAAGAGGACCAUUUGUUCGCUGCCUUCUCCUACUUUGACAAGGACGGGAGCGGAUUUAUCACCCCUGACGAGCUUCAACAUGCUUGUGAGGAGUUUGGUGUUGAAGAUGCCCGCAUUGAAGAAAUGAUGCGUGAUGUUGAUCAAGACAAGGAUGGACGAAUAGACUACAACGAGUUUGUGGCGAUGAUGCAGAAAGGGAGCAUCGUGGGAGGACCUAUGAAGAUGGGUUUAGAGAAGAGCAUUAGCAUAUCUCUGAAACACUAGCUUUCAGACCCAAACACAAACCCAAAGACCAAGGAAUAUUUAUAAAUGAAGAUGAUGAUAUUGUGUUUUCUUUUCUUCUCAAUAUUGUGAUGAGAUUUUGUUAUUAUUAGACUGGUUUAGGCAGUUCAUUUUUUUUUUGUACUGUGUACUUCUAUGCAUAUACACACAUAGUUCUUUGUUCUGUCUGUAACUUUUUUGGCUACUGUGAGAGGAGAGGAGAACUCCACUAUAAACAAUGUGCAUUGAAGACUCCUCUUAUAUUCAGCCACAUUGAUUGGUGAA